AUGCCCAUCGAGUCUAAAUUUCUGGAGAAUAUGGCCAACUCCCUGAACGCCGAGAUCGUCAUGGGCAACAUAUCAUCCGAGAAGGAUGCCGCCGACUGGCUGCGCUAUACUUACCUGUUUGUCCGCUUCUUCCGGACACCCCAGAAGUACGGCAUCACCCAGGACGACUUCAAUGUCGACCCCACCCUAGAGCAAAAGCGGCGCGAGUUUGUGAAUGACGCGGCGAUGAAGCUGAACAAUGCCAGGCUGAUCCGAAUCGACAACAGCCGCAACUACAACGCCACCGAUCUGGGCCGAGUGGCGGCCCGUUUCUACGUCGACUGGGAAACGGCAGAGCACUUCAGCAAGGGGACCACCCAGGGCAUGUCGGACGACAAGAUCCUCGCCCUGUUUGGAAAGGCGCACGAGUUCAGCCAGGUAAAGGUCCGCGAGGAUGAGAUGCCCGAGCUGCAGGAGAUGGCGGCCGACGAGCUCACCUGCCCCAUCAAGGUCCUUGGCGGGUGCGAGAACACGUACGGCAAGGUUGCGAUCCUCCUGCAGACGUACCUCAGCCGGCGCCACAUCGAGGCGUUCAGCCUGAUCAGCGAUUGCAACUUCGUGCUUCAGAGCGCCUCGCGGCUGUUCCGCGCCAUGUUUGAGAUCACCAUGACGCGGGUCACGAGCAUGAGCGAGAUGAGCGACCGGCUGCUGGAGUGGUGCAAGAUGAUUGACCGCAGGCUGUGGCAGAGCCAGCACGUGCUCAGGCACUUCUGCUACCCGCCGACACAGCAGUCUCUGCAGAGGGGCAUGAGCCUAGACGGCGGGCCCUCGGGUGGCGUGCUGAAGGAGCUGAUCGUCAAGAAGCUGGAGGACGCGGGCUUCGACCACUGGCGCCUGAUGGAGAUGUCCUCGUCCGAGCUCACCAACAUCUGCCGCACGCAGGCUGACGGGAAGGUCGUCGCCAAGUACUUGAAGCGGGUGCCGAACCUCGAGCUCGAGGCCAAGAUCCAGCCCAUCACCUCGACCAUCAUGCGCAUCACGCUCAUCAUCAAGCCAGAGUUCGAGUGGAGCGACCGGUGGUCGGGUGCGAGCGAGCCUUUCUACGUCUGGGUGGAGAACCCAGAGACCCAGGAUAUCCUCCACAGCGAGUAUUACGUCCUGCACAAGCGGAACCUCUACGAGACGGGGCAGCUCUCUUUCGCGAUCCCCCUCCAGGAGCCGCGUCCGCCUCAGUACGUGAUUAAGGUCGUGAGCGACCGCUGGGUUGGCGUCUACUUCACCUUCGAGUUCUCCGUCAGCCACCUGCUGCUGCCGGACCGGCAGCAGGCGCACACGACGCUGCUGGACCUCACGCCCAUGCCCGUCACGGCCCUGCACAACGCAAAUUACCAGCGGCUGUACAAGUUCACGCACUUCAACGCCAUACAGACCCAGGUCUUCCACACGCUGUACCACACGGACUACAACGCGCUGGUUGGGGCCCCGACAGGCAGCGGCAAAACGAUCGUGGCCGAGCUCAGCAUGUUCCGGCUCUUUUCGAACGCCCCCGACGAGAAGUGCGUGUACAUUGCGCCCCUGAAGGCGCUGGCCCGGGAGCGGAUGGAGGAUUGGGAGGAGCGCUUCCAGAGGCAGCUCGGCAAGACCGUUGUCGAGCUCACUGGCGACUUCACUCCCGACGUAGAGGCGCUCGACCGCGCGGACGUUGUCGUGGUCACGCCAGAGAAGUGGGACGGUAUCUCCAGGCACUGGCAGCACCGCUCGUACGUGCAGAAGGUGGGGCUGGUCAUCAUCGACGAGAUCCACCUGCUGGGUCAGGACCGCGGGCCCGUGCUCGAGGUCAUCGUGUCCCGCAUGCGCUACAUCUCCUGCAACCUCGACAAGCCCAUCCGGUUCGUGGGGCUGAGCACGGCCUUGGCAAACGCUCACGACAUCGCCGACUGGCUAGGGAUCGGCAUCGUUGGGCUGUUCAAUUUUAGGCCGUCCGUGCGUCCUGUGCCGAUGACCGCCCACAUACAGGGCUACCCAGAGAAGCACUUCGUACCCCGCAUGGCGUCGAUGAACAAACCCUGCUUCCACGCCAUCAAGAACCACGCCGUGAAGCCCGAGGGGGUCAAACCGACGCUCAUCUUCGUGUCCUCACGGAGGCAGACGCGUCUCACGGCCCUCGACAUCGUCUCUUUCAUGUCGGCCGACCCGGACGAGGAUCCGAAGCUCUUCAACCGGCUGGAGCCGCACGAGCUCGAGUACGCGCAGCGCCGUUGCACCGACGCCAGCCUGAAGCAGUGCCUCGAGUACGGCAUCGGCAUCCACCACGCCGGGCUACCAGACCGGGACCGCAAGGUGGUGGAGGAGCUUUUCGUGGAGUCGAAGAUCAUGGUAUUGAUCUCUACAUCGACGCUCGCGUGGGGUGUCAACUUUCCAGCGCACCUCGUGAUCAUCAAGGGCACCGAAUACUACGACGGCCAGCUCAAGCGCUAUGUCGACUUCCCCAUCACCGACGUGCUGCAGAUGAUGGGGCGCGCCGGGCGUCCACAGUUCGACACAGAGGCUAAAGCCGUCAUCAUGGUCCACGAGCCGAAGAAGAAUUUCUACCGGCGCUUCAUCUACGAGCCUUUCCCAGUGGAAUCCUCGCUGCACGAGCAGCUGACAGACCACUUGAAUGCCGAGAUUGUCGCGAGGACAAUCAAGACGCGCGACGAGGCCAUAGACUACGUCACGUGGACCUACUUCUUCCGGCGCCUUACUGCCAACCCAGCCUAUUACGAUCAGCAAGCAGCUCUGCUUGAACAGACCGAUUUCGAGAAGCAGCGCGACAUGCUGGCCAACUACAUCGAGCGGCUCAUGAACAAGUGCCUCGACGAGCUGAUACGCUCGGGCUGCAUCGAGCUGAAGGAGCCUCAGCCUGGCCAGGACGGCGUCGUGUCUUCGGCCGCCGUGGAUUCCACGAAACUGGGCCGCAUCUCGUCCCUCUACUACCUCGGCCACAGGACCGUGGCCCAGUUCAAGCGCACGCUCUCGCGCGAGGGCCUGGGCUUCGUGGAGCUGAUGCGGGUGCUGUGCGAGUGCCCCGAGUACGAUGAGCUGCCAGUGCGGCACAACGAAGACAAGCUCAACGCCGAGUUUGCUGAGCACACCCCACUGGAGGUGGACCUUGCCAUCCAGGCUUACGACUCCCCCCACACGAAGGCCUUCCUGCUGCUGCAGGCGCACAUGUGGGGCCUAGCCUUGCCGAGCAAUGACUACAAGACAGACUUGAAGAGCGUUCUUGACCGGUCGAUCCCGCUCAUCCAGGCCAUGGUUGAUAUAUCUGCGGAGGAGGCGCAGCUGAGAAGCACGAUCAACCUGAUCAUCUUGCUGCAAUGCAUCCACCAGGCGACACAUCCGUGGCGCUCGUCGCUCACGUCCGUGCCGUACUUCUCGGACAAGACGCUGACGGUGCUCUCGGGCAUGGGCGUCGAGGCUCUGCCCGAGCUCCUCGAGAGGAAGGACUACACCAAGAUCCUGAUGAAGCUGCAGCUGCCCAGCGCCGACGCCCACAAGGAGGUGCUCCAGAUGGUGCAGGGCCUCCCCAAGCUCCGGAAACGCAUCGAGCUGCGAGUGUUGGACCCGGAAGACAAGGCCGAGGAGGCGGAGGGCGGGGAGCAGGGCAGGGAGCCCAAGAGGCGGAAGGGCAGGCUGAUCCCCGAGCCGUACAGGGUGCCCCCAGACAGCGAGCUGGAGCUGACCGUGGUGCUCAGCUACGAGAACACGCCCGCGAGGUUCGUGCACGCCCCGCGGUUUCCGAAGAAAAAGACCUUCUCGUGGUGGUGCAUGCUGGGCGAUACAGAGGUGGACGAGCUCGUUGCGAUCAAGAAGGCGAUCCUGCCCACCAGAGCCCGGACGGAGCGGCGCGUGAACUUCCAGUUCUGCUCGCCCGCCGAGGAGGUUGGAGAGACUUUCACGCUGUCUGUGAUUACGAUGACUCUUACUUCGGCCUUGACCAGCAGCUGGACCUCUCCAUCACAACAGAGGAGCCCGCCGCCUGAGCUUGCGCUGUGGAUGCGGAUACAUCCCCGCCUCGGGUCUGGGCGCCCUCCCAUGUCGUUCGAGCCGAGUCCCCCAGCGGCGCCUCGCGCCCGGGACCCGGCUGUUGGCCCGUGCUCGGUGGCGCGCGCGGGGGAGCCCCCACGGCGACCCCCCCCAGGCAGAGCUGAGGCUCUUGCUUGGGCUCGGAGCUGA